AUGGCCUGGGGUAUCCUGGAGUGUCAGCGGUCAGUGGGCGGGGUGUCAGCGGUGUCAGAGGUGUCAGCGCCUCGGCUAAUCUCUGUCAACACGGCCGAGUGGUUUAUACGGUCUGCCGACGAGACCCCGCUGCCAAUCGACGCGGGCCGCCGGGAGCUGGCGCGGCGGGCCGCACAAAUCAGCAUGCUUUACGCCGCGUUUGGUUUGGACGCGCUCUCAAACAGGGGCACGUCGAUGGGACCGUCGGUGGUCGUCGGCCUCGACGAGGCCAAGGACUCACGGCCGUCUCUGGUCGGCCGUCCUGAGGAGACCGUGGCCGACGAGCGGAUCGCGCACAUCCUCACCGAGGCGUCGCAGGCGAUGAAGUCUGAGCAGCCGUCCGGAUCGGAGGACCGUCCGCCGGCGGAGGCCGCCAGCCCGUCUGCCCAGUCCCCGCUGUCGGACUCGCGGGACGCUCUGCAGCGUAUGCGGCGGCUGGGCGGACCGGGUCCUGGACCCGGACCCGGGCCGGGUCCAGAGGAGGGGACACAGGAGAAGAUCGCCCGCCUGUACCAGGAGCACCUGGCCAAGAUGAUGGGACAGCGGCCCGACAUGCCGCCCGGCUUCAGUCUCGACCAUUACCAGCGACUCCGUAACCCGGAGGAGCUGCGGAGCGCCAUGGACUUCUACAACCAGGAGCUGGUGCGGCACAUGCAGCACCUGCAGCAGGCGCAGCAGCAGCACCAGCAGACCCAGCAGCCGCUGCCGGCCGUUAGCGGCGCUGGACCAGCUGCAGCGGCAGCUGGACAGCAGGAGAGGCCACCGACCCGCGGCGGUCGGCCCGACAGUCCGGCGGACGGGGGUGACGAGAAGGGCAGCUCGGCGUUCAGCCAGGUCCGGCCGCCCUCGACCGAGGCGCACAAAGCGACUGCCGUGUCCAGUCCGGGCUCUCUGCCGCCCACGUCGGGCGGGGGCGGCGGCGGGGGCGGCUCGGCGGUCGGCCCGGGUCCCGGCCCGCUGUCCGGCCUCCACCCGGCCGGCUUCUUCAUGCACUCAGCGGCGGCGGCGGCGGCUGCUGCCGCGGCCUCCACAGCUCCCGACGAGCUGGUUACAGCAGCCAGCCCGCUGCAGCGCAUGGCCAGCAUCACCAACUCGCUGAUGAACAACGCUGCGCUGCCGCCGCUGCAGCCACACCCGCCGCGACCCAUGAAGGCCGUCCUGCCGCCCAUCACCCAGCAGCAGUUCGACCAGUUCAGCAACCUCAACACGGAGGAGGUGGUCAGGAGGAUCAAGGAGCACCUCAGCCAGUACUCCAUCUCUCAGCGUCUGUUCGGCGAGUCGGUGCUAGGCCUGUCUCAGGGCUCCGUAUCCGACCUGCUGGCGCGCCCCAAGCCCUGGCACAUGCUCACCCAGAAGGGGCGCGAGCCCUUCAUUAGGAUGAAAAUGUUCCUGGAUGACGAGAACGCCGUGCACAAGCUGGUGGCCAGUCAGUACAAAAUAGCGCCCGAGAAACUGAUGCGCACCGGCUGCUACAAUGGAGGCUUCCCCAAGAUGCCGCUGAAGCUGCCGGACAUGCCCAAGUCUCUCGAGUCGCCGCUGCCGCCGGCUGUCUCGCUGGCCGCCGGAGGUUUCCCCGGCCUGCCGCCGGCGGCGCUAGCGUCGCGACUGCCCGGCAUGGACCCUCUGAUGAAGUUUGGUCUGCGGAUGCCCACCGCCGGCCAGCUACCUAUGUCUGUGUAUGAGACAGCGGCCAUCACUCCAGAGCUGGAUACACAGUACAUCACCACCAAGAUCAAGGAGGUGCUGCUGGCCAACAACAUCGGACAAAAGCUGUUCGGAGAGACGGUGCUGGGCCUGUCGCAGGGUUCGGUCAGUGAACUGCUCUCCAAGCCCAAACCAUGGCACCUGCUCAGCAUCAAGGGCCGCGAGCCGUUCAUCCGAAUGAAGAUGUGGCUGGAGGACACGCCGCGGAACCUGGACAAGCUGCAGCGUAUCAAGAGCGACCGCAAAGAGAGCUCCAAGCGGCGCCGCUCGCAGAUGGAGACCGCUAGUGAGAGCAACGACAGCUCGGACGUCUACUCCACCAUGUCCAACAGCCCCAACGCCAAGAAGUCGCGCGUUCUCUUCUCUGACGAGCAGAAGGAAGCGCUGAAGCUGGCGUUCGCCAUGGACCCGUACCCCAACAUGACGUCCGUGGAGUUUCUGUGCCAGGAGCUCAACCUGACCCACCGCACCAUCACUAACUGGUUCCACAAUCACCGGAUGCGGCUGAAACAGCAGACGGGGGCUGCCGGAGAGCCGGCGCCCUACCUGGCUGCGGGCGCGCGCGAUGGCCAACAGCUGGACCCGCUCCAGUUCCGACUGCUGCUGAACCGGCGUCUGCAGGAGCUGCACCGAGAGAAGGCGGUGGCGGCCGGCGGUGGAGGUCCCCUGCCGGGCCCGCUGCCGUUCGCCGGGCUGACCGGUCCAUUGCCCUUCCCCUUCCUCGACGGCCGGCUGUCCGGUGAGCCCAUGAGCGGUCUCGAUCUGAGCAUGAAGUCCGACAACGACUUCGACAACCAGAGUGACGACGCGUCCAACAUGUCCGGCGGCUCGAGUCCGCCGCCGGCCGGCUCGCCAGAGGGUGACGAUGACGAUGAGGAGGGCGGUGAGCGACGUCAGGCGGCGCCGGCGGGCCGCAGCUCGCGGCGCAAACCGGCCGCGCCGCAGUGGGUGAACCCGCAGUGGGCGGCCGAGCCGCGCCGGACGCCCCAGCCGCAGCAGCUCAUCAAUGGCGUCUGUGUGAUGCAGACCGAGCUGGAGGGCGGCGAGGCGGGCGCCGAGCCCGCCCAGCCGCUGGUCAGGGUCGAGCCCGAGAGCGCGCCCGAACCCGACCCCGAACUGAAGCGGGAGCCGGACGAGGCCGAACGAGAGGAGGACGGCCCGGAGCCCGAACAGGAACCGGAGCCGGAGCCGGAGCCGGUGAAGGGGGAGCCGACCGACGCCGAGCCGGACUCGUCAGAAGCCGAGUAGCCGGCGCACGUGCAAUGUCCAGUCGUGGCGCUUCUCGUACACACUAUCCAGUCAGCCAAGUUCAGAUGCCAAGUGAUACGUCAGUUCGACUCUAAACCGGCCCUCGGGGCGCCACAGAGUGGCGUCUGGCCGCCGUUGCCGCCGACGGCCCACUCGCGUUGUGUUCUCAUCCCAUAUUUUUGUAUGUGUGCCGCCGCCGCCGCCGCGCGGCCGGCGUCCCGGUGGCGGUGGCGGUGGCGGUGGCGGCCGUUUUUAUGUAGUCCGAGAGAGGGCCGAGCGACUGGCCGGGCUGAGCGGCCCGCUCGCGCUAGUCGGCCGACAAAAGACAGAGAGGUGGCGCGCUCGGUACGCGCGCUGCAGGACGUUGUUCGUGUUGUCUGUUCUCCCCUCACGUUGUUAUUGCCGAGUGGUGUUCCGGCCGCUGCCUUACUGCGCUCGGCGGGGUCGACCGGUGUCCGGCGGCCGCGCCGUGCCGCCGGCCGCCGGUCGGCCCCGCCUCACAAUGAUCUCCGCAGCACGGCGACGCCCCCUGCCCCCCCCCCCCUACCGUCUCCCCCGGGAGACGGGCACCCCUCCCCGCGCCCCGCCCUCGGGUGUGUUGUCGUGCCCGCCCUGCCGGCGAGGCGUCCACUCAUUUUGAUAUACUUGUAGCGCCUAGGUGGUCGCACGCGCGGCCCGCAUCGGACCUGCCGCGCGCGGACCUGUCUGUAAGUCUGUCUGCGCGCCGCGCCGGCGCGUGUGUGUGCAUGUUGCAAUUAUGUGUGGCCGUCUCGGCCUUUGCGUGUUACGGUUAAUUGAGCCCCUGUUGCAAUGUCCCAGGACAAAUGCGUUGACCAGUGUAUAUCUGUAAGAUACUUUACGGACAGUGUGAUCAGUACAGAAGCUGUAAGCUUAUCUACAAAAUAAACUCUUGCUCUCGAA